GUACUAUAUCCAAGCGAUAUGCUGUUGUCGAGGGCAUUAUUACUCAUACUCGGCAGCGCGUUGCUGCUGUCCGUUGCUGUCGAUGCUGCUGCAACCAAAUUGCAUCGCAUGCCGUUGCACAAGAAAGUGAAGCCUCACAUUAAUCGGACUACAAUCAUGUCCGAAGUGCUACAGAUGCGUAAUCGAUACGUGACAAACUUGGAUACGGUCCAGAACAUCACAAAUGGAACGACGACGACGACGGCAUCAUCACAACUGAGCGAGGAGACGUUGAUGAACUCGAGGAAUAUGUAUUAUUAUGGUGAAAUAAGCAUUGGCACACCGCCGGUCAUCUUUAUGGUGCUGUUCGACACGGGAUCGGCGAAUUUGUGGGUGCCAUCAUACAAUUGCACGAGUCAAGCGUGCUAUGGCACCGAUAGCUAUGUUCCCAGCAUAUCGUCGACCUAUGUGCCGAAUGGCGAGAGCAUUAAGCUCACCUAUGGAUCGGGUGGAAUUACCGGCAUUCUCGCCUCCGAUACGGUGAUCAUCAGCGGACUAACGAUAACAAAUCAAACAUUUGCCAUGGCCACCUCUGAGUUGGAUUCUUCAUUCGAGGGAAUGGCUUUCGAUGGCAUUCUGGGCAUGGGAUACUAUUCUUUGGCCGCGGAUAGUGUGAUCCCUCCGUUUUACAAUAUGUACAUGCAGGGUUUGAUAAGUCAACCGGUUUUCUCAUUCUAUUUGGCAGACGACACCUCGAGCUCGGGCGGUGAACUCAUCUUUGGUGGCUCCGAUCCGGCGUAUUAUGCCGGCAAUAUGACCUAUGUCCCCGUCACCGUCGAGGACUAUUGGAUGUUCACCGUGCAGAGCGCCUACAUCGCUGGCGUUCAAUUGUGCAGCUUGUGCUCCGCCGUGGCUGACACGGGCACCUCGUUGAUUAUCGCACCCAGCGCUGCGUAUGAAACGAUCUUCAGUUUGGUCUCCAGCGAUUUGGAUGGCUCCGUCGAUUGUGACACGAUCAGUUCGCUGCCCGUUCUCAAGUUCAAUAUUGCCGGCAAUGUCUUUGGUGUCCCACCAUCGGCGUAUAUUAUUAGCUCGGAUGGGGAGUGUUCGCUGGGUGUUUUGGCUGCCGAUGGCAUCGGCUUCUGGAUCUUGGGCGACGUCUUUCUGAGGCAGUACUACGCAGAAUUCGAUUUGGGAAAUAAUCGUAUUGGCUUCGCCUCGGUUCAGGGACUACACUAUACGGAUAAUGGCAGUUCGGGAUUGAUCAGCUGUUCGGCCUUCUACUGCAUGCUUCUCACUCUUUUGAAUAUCCUGUGUUUCUUUGUGAAAAUGCGUUGAAUCUUGUAGCUAGCAACAAAUAAA